AUGGUUAUUAGUUUGGUUAGUUUACACAACCAUUUUCCAAAAUAAUAUUUUAUAAUGGACGCCUCGUAUUGUUUGUGUGGUCAACCUUAUGAUCCAAAUAUUUUUAUGAUUCAAUGUGAUGCUUGCAAAGACUGGUUUCACAGCAGUUGUUGUAAUUUCCAAGAGCAUUUAGCCAUCGAAAUUGAUAAAUAUCACUGUCCAAAGUGUGCUCUAAUAUUUGGACCUUCGAUAUACAAACCGUACAGGAAUUGGCACAGACAUGACUACUGGGAUGAAGAUGCGUCAGCAAAACCAGUACAAACAGGUACGGGGGUCUUUAUUAGGGAACUGCUUGCGAGACAUUUUGCCAAUGAAGGGGAAGUGGUUAUACAUAUGCGAGGUCAGCAAAUCACAGAAACGUUGCUACAACAACAAGGGUUUAAUAACCCGAUUGUUAUUGAUGGGAAGGACGGGCUUGACAUGACACUUCCACCUGACAAUUUUAGUUUAUAUGAUGUGGAAUCGUACGUUGGUGGAGAGAUAGAAAUUGAUGUAAUUGAUGUUACUAGACAGUGUAAUAUAAAAAUGAAGCUAAGAGACUAUGUGGAAUACUUUAAUAGUUUAAAUAGAACUAGAGUGUUUAAUGUGGUCAGUCUGGAAUUUUCCAACACAGCGUUGGCACCACUGGUGGAGGCUCCAUUGAUUGCUAGAAAAUUAGAUUGGGCCAACCUAGUGUGGCCAAGAGAUUUUCCUUUGGGGAAACCCCAAGUCCAAAAGUAUUGUUUAAUGAGUGUUAAAGAUUCAUAUACAGAUUUUCAUAUCGAUUUCGGUGGAACAAGUGUAUGGUACCAUGUUUUAAGAGGUGAAAAAAUCUUUUAUCUUAUAAGACCGACUCCGGCAAACUUGACGUUGUAUCAACAGUGGAUGACCUCAAGUAAUCAAAGUGAAACGUUUUUUGGAGAUCAGGUUGAUAGAUGUUAUAAAUGUGUUUUAAGACAAGGUCAGACCAUGAUGAUACCAACUGGUUGGAUUCAUGCUGUUCUAACUCCUAUAGAUUCUUUGGUGUUUGGUGGAAAUUUUCUUCAAAGUCUUAAUAUACCAAUGCAGUUAACGGUGUAUGACAUAGAAAAAAAAGUAAAAACUGAAGCGAAAUAUAGAUACCCGAAUUUCGAAUUAAUUAAUUGGUUCGCGGCGUUACAUUUAUUGAAAAAAAUAUCAGAGCUUAAUACCGAGGAAAGAAAAUGUCCAAGUACGUUACUAGUUGGGUUGAAAACGCUCCUCGUGACUUUAAAACAAUGGAAUGCGGAAAAAGAUUAUAAUACAAACGUCAGGGAACAAAUUCCGUACACGAUAAAUCCAGUGCAGUUGCUUAAAGAUAUGUCGCGUGAAAUCAGACAUGCGGAACGAUAUAUCAAUCAAUUAAACCCACCUAAACCGGAACGGGAGUCAAAGCGAAAAAGAAAAAGGCCUAUAAAUAGGGAUUUCGUAGACUAUUCUUUGUCACCAAAAGCGUCUGCUCAAGAUUUUAUCACUGAAUCAAAACUAGUAGAGUAUUCUCGACCUUCCCCCCUCAAACUCACGCUCCCAAAACCAGUGACUUUUCCAUACGACGGAAGAAAUUUUGUUGAACAACGAAUAAGCUUAGAUAAUGAACAAACCUGGGACGGGUCGCAGUUCUCACGCCCUGAACAAACAACCGCUGUGCAUAGAGGAGGGGCUGUAUUAAAGUUCAAAUUAGGAUCAAAAGAUGUCCUUCCACAUGGCAACUCUAACAUUCCAGAUGAACAUUUUGGCUUGGCAAAUAGUUCAAAAUCGAUAUAUGAUUUCCAUGAUGAAAGUGAUAGAGAGGAAGACUGUUUUAAUUUUACGAUCGAUGAAAAUCCUAGCCCUAAAAAAAGUAAAAAACAGAGUUCAUUGAAACUCAGAUUUCCGGUGAAAAGUAAAAACCCUAUGCUGGAUAUGGAAUUGCCGAAAAAUGGUAUAGAGUCGUUGUUAAAAGCAUCUGCUUUAACCACGAGUGACGACAACGGUCGCGCCUCCCCCUCAACUCAAGAAGCAAUCGCUGGCAUGCUCUCUAUAAGCCAAACUUAUUUACAAUCAGGAAAAGUGAAUUCAAGAUCUGGAAGAAAAUAUAGUAAUAGCCCUCCACUAGAAGACGGAAAUUUAAACAAUGUACACCAGGAUGAAGACUACAUUUAUCCGUCGUUGGAUAAUUCCGAUGAUGAAGAUAUACACAUAUUUAAGCCCAGAGGACGCUCAAAAAUAGACGAGGCGUGGAACCCUAAAGCACGAGUCGGUCCCCUAUUGCCCAAAAUGAACAGACCGGCUCGAGAAGGAACAAAAAAACAAGCAGUGGAGAAAGUUCUGGAGGCGGCUGCUGCAAGACGAGCGAACGAAGCAUCAGAAAAAGCGCCUAAACGGCAGUACCGGCGUAAAAAAAUCAAACCGAAAUUAGACCUGAAAAGCACGUCUUCAAAUGCCGUUUCGAUUCCAAGUACCUCGACGACUUCAACCCCUAAACCACGUAAAGGGAUGAAGACUGUGAAACAACGACUGGGAAAAAUCUUGAAAAUUCACAAAAUGAUACAUUGAUCAUGAGGAAAGUUCAUGCAUGUUUAUGAUCAUCUUGACAUUAAUUUAACUUUUGACUUUAUUUAUUUACAUUUUUCAUGAAACUAUUUAUUUGAGUAACGAUGAAUUUCAUUAUAAUACUCGGUGCCAUUUUCUUUGGGGAUGGAGGGUGUGGCUAGGUUGUUGUAUUCGGUUGAUAUAAACAAUUUUUCUACUUUUCACUAGUUUCAAGUAAUUUUACGACGAUGGUGUUCACAAAUCUUUUUCUUGUCUUUGACAGAAGUAUUGCAAUAUUAUUUUUGUAGAUCAUCUGUAUAUAUUGAGUCUCACUUAGUUUAAUUAUAAAUGAAUUUAGUGUACACUUUAAAGUAUUGAAAUGAUAAUCAGGGAACCUUCAUUAAAUUUGUAAUUGUUCAAUGUACAUAACGUUCAUUUCUGUGAUCUGUGCAAAAAUAUUUUGCA